GAGGGGUAUGGGCUCUAAAGCCUUGUGCUACAAAGUGUUGGACAGAAAGAAACAGAAAGACAGCAAGAGAGAGGUUGUCACAGACAGAGAAUUAAAAUUAGGUAUGCAACAAUAAAAAAAAAAGCGAGAAACUGAAAGAAGAGAUGUAGGGCGGAGAGGGUCACAUUGUUACUUAGAGUUGACCACAGAACCUGUGAACUGUUGCUGCCACUGCUUCCGUGACGACACAUCGCACAGUUCCUCUACUCAACUACAGACCUACAAGAGACACUUUGUAGAGAGAAAGCGAAAGAUGGACUCCUUUUAGAAGCCCACCGAUCUCUCUAUCUCUGACAUGACGGAGGAAGCUGCUGUGUCACACAACAUGCCAUGGACGCCCAAGCCCGCAUUCUGAGGGACCUAUUGGCCCAAAUCGCCAGCAAGGAAACAGAAGAAGAAGGGGCAGAGAACGGCUUUGCCGGAGAGUUUUUGAAACUGAAGAGGCAGUCUACUAAGUAUCGUGCAGAGAAGACAUACCCCACCACAGCUGCGGACAAACAAGAUAACGUGAAGAAGAACAGAUACAAGGACAUUGUUCCCUUUGAUCACAGCAGAGUAAAGCUCUCCCUCGUCACAUCCAAGCAUGAUACGGACUACAUUAAUGCUAGUUUCAUUAAGGGGGUGUUGGGAUCUAGGGCGUAUAUUGCCACACAAGGCCCGUUGCCAAACACUGUGCUUGACUUCUGGAGGAUGCUGUGGGAAUACAAUGUGCAGGUUGUCGUGAUGGCUUGCCGAGAGUUUGAAAUGGGAAGGAAAAAAUGUGAGCGUUAUUGGCCGGAGUCAAAGGAGGAUGUGUUUGUGUGUGAACCCUUUAACAUACACUAUGAGUCUGAUGAAAAUAAAGGAGAAUAUUUGAUAAGGACGCUGAAGGUGACAUGUAAACAAGUGUCCCGGACACUGAAGCAGCUGCACUAUGUGAACUGGCCAGAUCACGGAGUACCUGACUCCAUUCCUGCCAUCUUGGAGCUGCUGCAGGACAUGAGGAUUUACCAGGAUCAUGAUGAGCUUCCAAUCUGCAUUCACUGCAGUGCAGGCUGUGGAAGAACGGGUGCAUUGUGUGCUAUCGACUAUACCUGGAAUCUACUGAAGAGACAGAUGAUACCAGAGGAUUUCAGUAUCUUUGAGCUGGUGAAGGACAUGCGUACACAAAGGCCAUCUGUGGUUCAGACUAAGGAACAAUAUGCACUAGUAUACAGGACCAUCAAAUUGCUGUUUGAGCGAUAUCUAGCUGCAAUGGAAGAACCUGACAGAGAGGUGCCAGCUUCCUCCUCACCUGUCACCAUAAGUACUGGGAGUGAUCUCUCAGAUUUCAGCGACUCCGAAUCAGAGACUGACUUCAGAGCGCUUCAAACUGAGCACAGGAGUAAUGAAAUGGAAAUUCUAAUGGAUGAACACAAUCACAUUACACAGAAAGUCACUUCUUGGCCAUAUCCUCAUUUACAUCCAUUCAGUCAAGAGGACAUCUCCACCAAACUCAGUCCUGCAGACAUGCUCAGUACAAUGCAAACAGACUUUACAACCUAUGGAUAUCAAAGAACUGAGCCAUCCACCAGCCUCAACACUGAUCUUACCCAAGCGUCAUGUUCAAACUAUCCCAUCAGCCUAGUACAGGAGCUGAGGCCAAAUAUGAAGCAUCUGGAGUGGGAAGAAAACCAAGAUGUUAGUCCUGUUGGCAAAGACGACAAGCCUUAUAUCUCCAGCGCCCCCUGCUUCACUGUGGAAGAUCCUUAUUUUGGUCCUGAGUCUCCACCGGCUAGUGACAAUCCCAGUGUUAUGGAAUCUAUGGUUCAUGAAGUCUGGCCGGAGAACCCUAGUUUCACAGUACCUAGUUUUACUCUUAAUAACCAGGUGUUGGAACUGCCAAAACAUGACUGCAAUGACAAAGGUGCAAAUUCACCUUCAUCUGAUGAAGACAGCCCUCCUCCUUUGCCAGAGCGAACCCCAGAGUCCUUUGUAUUGGCAGAGGAAAUGAACGAUAUCAGUGAAAUCAGUGAAACCAGUGAGCUGACACUGGUGAUCCCAACCAGUGAGCUGACACUGGUGAUCCCAACCAGUUCAGGCUCUGAGAGUGUCAACAAAGACAAUCCGCCCUCACCUGUACCCCCACUGCCUGAGAGAACUCCAGAAUCUUUUGAAAUGGCCACGGAUGAGGAUUUGGUACAAAAUAUGACACAGGAAAAGCCACAGGCUGUUGUAAUGAGAGUAGGGAAGUCUUUAGAAUGGUCUGGGCAAACAUCUGAAGCUCAGACAGACAUAAAACGAUCCUGGUCGAGGAGCAAGAGCUUAAAGCUUAGAAUGUCACUUCCUGCAGCAUCAUCUAUUCCACUCAGUCCUAUUGCGAUCACAAGUCACAGUCCUCCUCCCCUACUGUAUAAAUAUCCUCAGGAAUCUCAACUACACACCCUUACACCACAUGAGCAGACAUCUGAGACAUUUAGACCAGUUCCAGGGACGGAAAGUGUUACUCCACCACUUCCUGAAAGAACUCCAGAAUCUUUCGUGUUUCACACGGAGAAAGUGGGUGACAACAAUGCCCUCUGUCUGCCAGCUGAGGCCGAGCAGCAGAGACUGAGAGUGGGCACAUCAUCUGAAUGGUCAGGCAGCUCCCAACCCAGAUCAUUCCUGGAAAGUUCUUGGAGCCGAAGCAAGAGCGUCAGAGCAAAAGGUUCAAAACAAGCUGUGUUUAAUUUUACAGAGCCUCUAUCUGUGGCUCUGCCGACUCCUCCAGUCCCUGUAACCAUGGCAAUUAGAGGCAAAGCUUGCCCUGUGGCUAAUACAGUAGAGCACCAGCCGGCACCCAGCAGUCAGCCAGCAGCAACGAGACCAACAGAGAACCAUUCAAACAGAGGGGGAGAGAAAACUUCACUGGUCAGCAAGGCCAGGACUAAGAGUAUUAAGUUUUUGAAAGGAAGACAGAGGCCAAAAACAGCUCCGCCUCCGAUCCCGCCCCCAGCCCCACCAUCAGCCCCAUCUACAGCCCCACCUUCAGCCCUAUCUACAGCCACGCCUCAGUCUGUUCCACCACCCUAUGGUGCUGCUGUUGGAUUCUUAUUUUCUUUUGGAUCUCGUUUUGGAAAGCCUAAGGGCCCACGAAAUAAGCCAGAAACAUGGGUCUAGUUCAUGUCGAAGGUGAAAGAAAAGGAGAACAGACUCGCAAGAAGGGAAUUUACUGAGCAAAGAUUUCUUUCAGCCUCAGAGAGACAAGCACUGUGGUUUUUGAGGGAUAGUAGACCAACCACUGACCUCACACAACAUAUGGACAUUUAUACAGAUUGUGCCUUUGUCAGAACUUUGACUACAUGUAAAGGUAUAAUGCAAGAAAAUGGCCUGUUUGACCUCGCAACUGAAAUGUAUAUAAAAACAAAUGAUUGUGCAACUAAAGACAAGAUAAUAAGAGAUGAUUGUACAGAAAAGUAGACAUUUUUAUAAUCUCAUAGGUAAUAUAAAUUAACUUUUUAAUGUAUUUUAUAAAACGCACAGCUGCAGGUAACCAUGGCCAAUCAAACUAUUUCUACAUUACAUAACUUUGGAUUUAACAACAGCACAUUUGGUGCCAGGUCUGUUCGAAAGAGACAAAAAUGACAAAGGAUUGUGAAUAACUGUUAUCAAGUUUAUGGUUUGUGACUGUAUUUAACUGUGUUUGCUCAUUUGCAUAUUUUUCUUUUCUGCUACAGUGGAAAAAGUCCCCUUUAAGAAAUGCUUCACCUUGGUACACUCAUAAAAUGGUUUAUUUAAAAAAAUACAGAAAAAGUCUAUGCAUUCCAUUGCAUUUUUACACAAUUGAAAAGAUCCACAUGACAGUUCUAUUAAAUGUAACUUAGCAUUUACAAAACAUUACUUUGACUAUGUUCAUAAUUGACCAUCUAAUUAGUCCUUAAAAAUCAAUGAAAUUGAAAACCUUUAUACAAAUAUCAAACAGAGCAAAUAAUGAAUCAAACACACAGAGCAUGCCUUGAUCCCUAAGUGGAUUUUUCCUAUAUUACAAACGACCAUCAAAAACCUGAUCAACACAAAAAAGAAUCUAGCUGCCAAAAUUCAGAAGAAACAUAGAACGCCAAACAUCAUGUUUAUUUUAAUAUACCAUGAAACUGUAAGGUGUAAAAGCAUAAUCGUGUGUUACUGAGUGGAGAACAUGUCUGUAUAUAUGGGAAGAUUCAUCUUAAUGGAUUGAUAAAUAAUGACCUCCAAUUUAAGUAUUAAGUGAAAUAUGAAAGUAUCUUUUCUUUCACUAAACAAAACCACUAAUCUGCAGAAUCUGAAACUGAGAAAGUGGGGAAAAUGAUUACUGUUUAGGCUUUCCAACCUGCAUAUAUAAUCGUAAUCCUAAUUAAAAAACAGUGGGAAAUAUAAGAAGCCGAUAUGAUUCAUAUUGCACAUGAUUAUAAAAUUUCAAUGUCAUUUACCACCAAUUUUUCUAUUUUUGCAUUGUCGUCCUUUGGUGGCCGAUAAAGCGGUCACCUUCAGUUGGUUCUGGAUUAGUAGAAUUAGCAUUUUUCUACAAUAAUAAAUACCCAAUCAUUACUUAUUGCCAGACUUUAAGAAAUUCCAUCGUAAUUAAUCCUUUGUACAACUUGUAUAACAUCAAUUAGCUUAAUAGCAGACAAUUAAAGACUUGAUAGAAGGCACUCAUUUUUACAGGAUGCAUUUGAUUAGGGAAAGCCAUUAGAUCAUUUUGUUGAAACCAUAAUCAAUGUAGACUGAUUGGCUUGCUGGUGUGAAAUUACAUUCAAAUCAGUCAUUAGCAAUAUUUUGGCAUCAAUGGAGAAGCACAACUACUGCCCACAACCCUUUCAAAAACAUUGAAUGCCUGCUUUAAGACUAAAUCCCAUUCAAAAGAACCACAUCAACAUGUGCAAAAACAUUACUGACACGCUACUACACUUAGCAAGUGAAAGCUAAAUUGCACUCAUCCAACUAAAUCGGAUGGCAUAGUCACCCUAGAAUGCUUAUCAUAAAUUACUAAGGACAACUUCAGUUCAAACACAUAAGAAACAAGUGUUAUGCGAUAGUACUGGGCAUAUACCUUCUGCUACUUUACUUAUGAUGAUAUCAAAUGUUUUUUGAAGGAGCAGAUUAUGGGAACAGCAACAUACAAUAACAGUUUUCUGGUUCAAGAAAAGCGCAGGAAUUUAUUCAUACCACGUUCAUGUGUAUUACUGAGUUAAUUCAUAUUUGCACUCACUGACUUUCAGAAAAAUUCAACAAAUGCUUAAAAUGGCCGAAGCAACAGGAAUAAUAAUUUGGGACAUUAAAAAAUAAAAAUGGUGACACAAAGACAGACAGAAACACAAAAGUCCAGAGCAUAAUAAAGUAUGAUUUAAAAAAAAAAAAAAAAAAAAA